AUGCAUGCGGUCUCUAGUGGCAACCGAAAACCUGAGCUAAGUGAUAGUCUGGCCCACGGAAAGGAAGGCGAAGAUUCUGAAGCCCAGCCUUUGCUUCGGUAUGUUGAAUAUAAGGCUAAUUAUUUUUUAUCUUGUUUUCGUAUAAAUUUUUCGAGCUGUGGAAAUUGGGGCAUUGAGGAACUAAGAAUAAAGUCUUUUUUUGUCAUCACAUUUUUAUUUCCUGAUAGAUGAAGUAGGUGUCGGAAAGAGAAUUCUUGAGGUUCAACGGUUAAAUUUUCCUCAAGUUCGGUAGAUUAACCUAAAUAUUUCUACAGGGUGGGCCACUCGAAACGGGUAAGUUUUUUCUUUGGAUUUCUCCGCGGAGACUCCGCCGAUUUUCCCGAAAUUUAGAUUUUUCUGUAGCUGAGAUCCGCCAUUUUUAACCGGUUGAAUUUGAAAAAAAAAUAUAUUUUGAAUUGACCUUUAUAUGCCUUCCCAAAGUUUCGAAGAAUUAUUUUGGGGCCGAAACCGCUAAAACUUUGAAAAUUUUUGGAAUGAUUUUCAAUUGACUUUCUCGGACUUGGAAAAUUUUUGGCUUUUUUUUGGUAAAAUCGGGAAGUAAAAAUUUUCGUAUGCUCUCUCUAAACUUUUUUAAGGAAAAUUGAAAGCAAAAAUAGUGUUGUUUGUGUUACUGUUAGGGUACGAACUUUCAAAAAAAAACCAAUUUUUCAACGAGAUUGCAAAAGUCCACACAAUUGGCUACGAGCCCCAGCUCCAAGUCGUUGAGGCUUGGAGCCCAGCCCGAUUGAAGAUAGACGAUGUUCACGAUCUGCAAUUCGAGCUGUUCACGACUCUCAAGACUCUCAAAGCUCCUACAAGUUUGUGCUGCGAGAGGAAGUGGGCAUUUCGAACUCAGAUAGAAAUAUUAAUAAUCAGGUCGUUAAAAUAAAUUGUUUUUACAACAUUAUUUUAUGGUUAUAUGAGAUAAAACUAAGAAAAUUUCACCCAAAAACCCGAAAAAAUGACCAAGUUUUCGAAAUCAUUCCAAAAAUUUUCAAAGUUUUAGCGGUUUCGGCCCCAAAAUAAUUCUUCGAAACUUUGGGGAGGCAUUGAAAGGUCAAUUCAAAAUAUGUUUUUUUUGAAAUUCAAUCGGUUAAAAAUGGCGGGUCUCAGCUCCAGAAAAAUCUAAAUUUUAGAAAAAUCGGCGGAGUCUCCGCGGAGAAAUCCAAAGAAAAAACUUACCCGUUUCGAGUGGCCCACCCUGUAUUUAUCUUCGCUUGAAUAUUUUGUCUUGAGCCUUUUACAACUAAACCUAAGCCAGGUAUGUAUUUUAAUAAGGGUUUGCUGGCUUUUGUUCAGCUUGAAUGUAAUGUAUUCACUCAAAAGACGUAUGUCUGUUAGCGGGAAGUUGUUAUAGGCUGCUUUUCAAGGCCUUUUUGAUCUGUGGUGCCGUAAGUACGGAUCCAAAAAAAAUUCGUUGUAGAUAGGUUCUGUCUUAAGGAGUUUUUUUGCCGAGAAAUGACUCGUAUUGUUAGGCCUUCAGAAAUCGUCCGUUAUACACGGGUUUCGUUUUGUCCAAGUUCGUUGUACAUAGGUUUUACUGUGUGCUUGUGGUCCGUUAACUUUGUCUUUUAUUACAUUAAAAAUAUUUUUCUUUUAGCCCAAGCGAUGACAUGAGCUCAAACAAGACGGUCUUGACCACUCGGCCGACCACUUCUGACGAGCUUCGUCGUCGGCGAACACAGCUCCAACGCUCAAAGACGGAAUAUGAGUCAACUGAGAUUGAGUUGCCCGGCUCGAUGCCAGAUCGCCCAUCCACUUCCAAAAGGCCAUCUACCAGUAAUGGGCGGACGGCGAGAAGAUUGGGAUCGGCGAAUAAUUGGCAAGAGACGGCGAAACGAGCCUUGGAGUAUAUUGAAAAAGUACGUUUCGGACGUUUUUCUUCAAUUGCCGCGCUUACAGAUUGACGAAACGGAUGAGCAACCAGGGCCAUCUAACUUAUACGAACAAACUCAACUGCCGUCGCCGUCUACGGAAGAAGAAAGAAAGAGUGAUGACGUUCCGCUGAUCAAAGAUUCUAAAGAAGCGUCUGCGGACUCAGAAGUUCCGGUUGCACCGAAAAAGUCGGUGAAAUUUGGGAACGUCGAGGAACGCGAACAUGAACCGCUCGAAUUCCCUAGCGAAAGCGCUAACGUGCCAUCAAUUCUGGAUAAGGUUAAGGUAAGAAGAAAUCAGACAUAUAUAAAGGAUGUAUAUAAUUCUAUAUCCUUUACAUAUUUUUAUAAUUUUCACACAGUAAACACAACUACAAUUUUCGCCACAACAACGCUCUAAAAGUUGCUUUCCAACUUGUCGUAACGCCUACAAUUUCCUUGUUAUUGUCGCAAUUGUAGCCUUAUAACGUGGACAUUGUAUGUGAACAUCCACCGUUAUAAACGAGGCAAUUUGUCGGCCACGAAGGAAGCCUUACCUAUUUCCCCGCUAAUCCCAAUAUAAUUCGAGCUAAUGAAGGACGAGGACACCUAUCCGAGGGCCUUUUUACCCGUCGGAUUGAGAAAAGUAAUCUGUUUCGAGGGCUUUUUUUUUAAUUCUUGAUGCGUAGGUAAAAUUUUUCAGUGAUUUUGAGGGUUAAUCUAUCGCAUCAGAGAUCUCUGUAAUUACUUUGAAGAUCAGUUUCUCAGCGAAAGGAACUCGUUAUGGAUAUAAUUUUAAAUCGCAAGUGCACAAAGUACAACAGUCGUAUUUCCUUUAAAGUUGAGCGCAUGUCUUUUCCUUUAUAAUGACAAUGUUUUGUUUGAAAAAUAUAGCCUUUCGACAGCGACUUCAGACUGGGCCGGGCCGGGCCUGGUCUACAUUUUAUCCGGCUGGGUUUCGGCCCCCAUGAGCAAAAAACCCGGCCCGACAUUGCCCUGUCUGUUUUCCUUUCUGGAACUUUUGCCAAUCUUAACCUAAAGUCACCUCCGAAUUAUUAUCAAAAAUUUGCCUACAAUUUUCGUCUCUACCUUUGAAAUCUGUACCUUUUCUAUUAUUAUGACCAUUUUUCCAGCGUCUCGCCCGAGGAAAAGCCGAGCCGUCCACAGCCGCACCGAAAGGCAGCACCGGGAUGAGCCGAGAGCAGCAUGCCUUCCUCAACAAGUUCGGGAUGCGCAUGGAGGAUGCGGAACAGCAACAAGGACCGCGAUUCGAAGGCUCCAUCUUCAAGUUCAUUAGAGAGGAGUUCAUUGUGGACCCAACACAUGACUACACCUAUUAUUGGAAUGGAAUUGUAGCCACGGCGUACUUGUACAAUUUGUUUGUAAGCUAAAGAUUUUUGUUUUGCUCUAGUACAUAAUACUUGAGGCAAAAGUUUUGAUAAUACUUUUGUGGUCUCGAAUUUUUUUCGUACAAAUUAUCAGGACUUUUUGACGAUUAUUCUUCCAGUUCGUCCCUUACCGCUGCGUAUUCCUUGUCGGGGACGUCCCUCAGUUCCUCUUCUACAUCUUCAUCUUCCUGGACAUUGUUACUGACCUCAUCUACGCCGUCGAUUUGUUUUUCCGCUCGCGGACCGGCUAUCUGGAGCAAGGGCUUUUGGUCCGCGACAAGAUGAAGACUUGGAAGGCGUAUAAGAGAAGUUGGCUGUUUGUAGUCGACAUUUUGGGAACGAUUCCAAUUGAUUACGCGUGUGAAAUUGUGUUGAGGAAUCCGAAUCCGUUUUUGCGAUUUAAUCGCUUGCUGAAGUUGGAUCGAAUUCAGGAUUACAUCAAUGCGACAGAGACGAGGUAAAAUACGACCUUUGUGACUUGUCAAUAUUGUGGCAUAUAGGCUUUCAUAGCUUGUCAAUAUUAUGGCAUAUAGGCUUUUAUAGCUUGUCAAUAUUGUGGUAUAUAAGAUUGAAAUAUAAUGGAGGAGACAGCCCUUUUGUAAUACUUUUAUUUGACCAAAGUAGACAUCAGUUAAAGUCCCCAAGUCAAGCAAUUUUUAUCGCUACCCACUCAACAUGUCAUGACAAUAGUUUAUCAUCGUAUUUUACAGAAUCUCCAUCCCUAAUGUCUUCCGCAUCAGCUGUGUGGUCAUGUACAUCCUCGUUCUGAUCCACUGGAACGCAUGUUUUUACUUUUUGGUCUCACUUUGGCUCGGAAUCGGCUCCGACUCUUGGGUCUACGGCGAGACGAACACACAGGCUCUUCCUCCGUAAGUUUCAUGUAUAAUAAAAUCAAAAAAAAUUUAAUUAAAUGAAUUUCCAGAGGCGUUGAAGACAACCUGGGACGCCGUUAUAUCUACAGCUUUUACUGGUCGACUUUAAUGUUGACCACGGUGGGUGAGGUCCCAUGGCCCGUACGAAGCGUGGAGCUGGUCAUUGUGAUCGUGGAUUUGAUGUGCGGAGUGCUCAUUUUUGCCACAAUCGUCGGUAAUGUCGGAACGUAAGUCGUGACUGGGCUGCAGUUUGUUCUGUUAUUUUUUAUAUGUGCAUGUGUGUACAUGUUUGAAUGUUUAGGAUGAUUUCGAAUAUGAGCGCGGCCCGGUCGGACUUCCAAAACCGAGUGGACGGCAUCAAGAAGUACAUGGAAAUGCGGAACAUCUCUCCUGAGGUACAACACAAACUUUUAGGGGGACUUUGUCGGCGUCGCGACUCCUGCAGGCCACCACUUUGCGGGCAGCCGACAUUUUCCCUUUAGAAUUUCAAUUUUCCUCCCGUAAUCUAUAUAGCAUGACAGAAAUUUUGCAUUGACAACUCCCUGGUAUUGAUAAGUACAUGAAUCUUUUGAAUUAACCCCAAUGCUUUCAAAGUUAUAGGAGUUUGUUUUCAAAAAAUGGUUGUUUGAACCUUGGUUAACCCUAUGGUAACUAUUCAAGCCGUUUAUACACCUGAAAUUUUCAUUCGCAACAUCUAACUGCCAGAUCCAUAGUUUGAACUUCCAAUUGUAAGCAAAACCUGGCUGAUUUCCAAACGUGCUCGCAGAAUCUCCAUGGUUCUUCUAGCUGCCCGCAAAGUGGUUGCCCGCAAGUGUCUUGUCAAAAAUCCACUCUCUCAUGCCUCUGUUUCAGCUGGAAGACCGAGUGAUCAAAUGGUUUGACUAUCUGUGGAGCAACAAACAAACCGUCAGCGAUCAACAUGUUCUCCAGGUUUUGCCUACGAAACUACAAGCCGAGAUUGCAAUGCAUGUGCAUUUUGAGACCUUGCGAAAGGUCAGAAUCUUCCAGGUUCGUCUCAAAAAAUCUUUUUGUAUAACGAUUCCUACUUUAGGAUUGCGAAGCCGGCCUUCUCGCAGAGCUGGUGUUGAAACUGGAGCUGCAGGUGUUCAGUCCGAACGACUUUGUCUGCCGCAAAGGAGACAUUGGAAGAGAAAUGUACAUUGUGAAGAAAGGGCGGCUACAGGUCGUCAACGACGACGGAACUCAAGUCUUCCAUACGCUGCAAGAAGGCGCCGUGUUUGGAGAGCUUAGUAUCUUGAAUAUUGCCGGUAAGUUCUGCUAUCGACAACGUUGAUUUUGGUUCGUAUUUUAAAACGAGAAUAUUUAGGGAGCAAGCAGGGGAAUCGAAGAUCCGCCAGCAUCCGCUCCGUCGGCUAUACGGACUUAUUCGUGCUGAAAAAGACCGACCUGUGGGAGGCGUUGAAGGAGUAUCCGGAUGCCCGGAAAAUUUUGAUACAAAAGGUAAAAUGACAUGUGUGCGUGCUGUGUGAAUUCUACAGGGUGUUUCAAGAAAUUCCCCGGAAAGUAAUCGUCGAUUUCUUAGCGCUCAGUCAAGAUAUCUAAAAAAUUUUUCUUGCAUUAUAAAGAAGAAUAUGGGCGGUUUUUUGCCUAUGAAGAUCAUUUUCUCCGCCGACGCGGAAAGCAGUGUAUUCGGCGGAGACUUUUGCGCGCUUUUUUGGUUAUCACACGAAUUGUUAAUGCUUUAUUGCGACGUUGAAGCAUCCAGAAAGUCUUCAAUUUUUUUGCACAAUGGAUCAGAUGGCCGGCUACAAUGCUAAGCGAUCCGAUUUAGCGACCGCACGGUGCAAUGCAGUCCCUGUAACGUCGAUAAAGUCGGAGCGCACCGUGCGGAUGUUUGAAACAGCAUGGCAAAGAGAAAUUUAAACGAAAAAUAUUUUGUUGUUUCCCAGUGAACCAAGUCGUUUCUCGAUGCCUAAACGUCUAACAAGGCUUGGCGACAAAAUUUUUGAGGGUUUACGACACCUGCAGAGAAUGCUUGCCAGAUCAUAAGAAUUGUGUUGGGCCAUUUCUUGUCCAUAGCUGAGUUAAGAUACGGCGAGCAGCUGCCGUACCUUCGCUGAACGCUUGGUAAACACAAAAAUUAGCAAAAAUCCUAAUUUCAACCAUCAGAAACCUUGAAAAAGCGUUUAAGAUGGGUGUGAUGACCACAAAAGUGCCCAAAAGUCUCCGCCGAAUACACUGCUCUCCGCGUUGGCGGAGGAAGUGAUUUUCAUAGGCAAAAAACCGCCCGUAUUCUUCUUUAUUAUGCCAAAGAAAUUUUUUGGAUAUCUUGACUGAGCGCCGAGAAAUCGACGAUUGCUUUCCGGGGAAUUUCUUGAAACACCCUGUACUAGUAAAAAUUUUUGAUGAAAAUAUGAUAACCCGCAUUUACAACUCCUCUUCUUUCAGGGAAAGGAAAUCCUUAUGAAGGACAACCUCCUUGAUGAGUCGCGAGCUAAUCAGCAACGAAAUCCCGAAGAACUAGCGCUGGAAUUGCAACGUUAUGUGAACGAUUUGCAAAACAGGCUGGCCAGACUGACCGCUCAGCAUGUCAGCAAUGAAACAAAGUUGAGGCUGCGAAUUGAGCAGCUGGAAAGGGAAUUGAGGAUUCAGGAUGAAGGAUUCUUCGAUGAAAACGAAGAAAUUGCGUUGGAAAAUCAGCCGUCAUGUUCUGGGCUGCAAGAGAAGAAGGAUCAAUAA